AUGGACAAAAAGCCAGUUUGGUCUGGUUUGAUUCGGCCAAGGCACCCAGCCAGAAACCAGAAGACAGAGACGGUCAUCUUGUCUUUGCCAUCGAAUUUGCUGAUGGAGUUCUCCAACCCCGUGUUUGAGGAGGACGGCGAGAAGCUGACCCAGAACCAGCCGGAGGAGGAGAAAGGCAGAGAUGCCAAACUCACCACCAAUGGAUUUGCUCAACAAGUGCAAGAGGAAGCCAGCAAGAAAUUCAAGCCAGACUGCAAAUUCUCCUGGCUUUGUGUGACCGUCCUGAGCCUUCUCCUCCUCCUCCUCCUGGCCUUGCUCGUGGGCAUCCUAGUCACCUACCGUCUUCAACCCACCCUUCCUGAUUUGGAGGGGGAUCUCCUCUUCCUGUUGGACAGCUCCGGCAGCGUCUCCUCCUACGAAUUCUCCCGGAUCAAGGAGUUCAUUGCUGAGCUGCUUCUCCCGUUCGCCUUCGGGCCUCGCGAUGUCCAGACCGGCAUCGUCCACAUCAGUACCACGCCCAUCCUGGAGUUCCCCUUUGACCAGCAUUCCUCCACCGACGCCGUCCAGCAUGCCAUCCGCAACAUCCAGCAGAGGAUGGGGGACACCAAUACCGGCCAAACCAUUUCCUUCGCCAAGGAGAAGCUCUUCACGGCCGAAGCGGGGGCCCGCCCCAACGUCCCCAAAGUGCUGGUGUGGGUGACGGAUGGCUUCUCCAAGGACGACGCGGCCCAGCCCAUGCAGCUUCUGAAAGACAUGGGGGUCACCGUCUUCAUCGUCAGCACGGGGAGGGGCAACUACUUGGAGCUCUCGGCUGCUGCCAGCCAACCGCCGGAGAAGCAUCUGCACUUUGUCGAUGUGGAUGACCUGGGCCUCAUCACCAAGGAGCUGCAGGACUCCAUCGCAGAUGUGGUCAGCCCAGCCCAGAUUCUUAUCUCGGAGUCCAAACCCCACAGCUUCCGGGUCAGCUGGUCUCCCAUCCUCGAGAGCGUGGCUGCCUAUCAAGUCAUGUACGGCCCCCUGAACGACAACUUGGUCCAGCUGCAAGAGGUGGACGGGAGGCUCAAUAGCACCGUGCUGGAAAACCUCCUGGCCAACACCAGCUACUUGGUGACGGUCUCCGCCAUUUAUAAGUCUGGCAAGGAGAAAGCCCUCUCAGCCAAAGCCUGCACACGGGAAGACUACUACAAAAUAAAGCACCUCCAUUUUGAAGAUCUGAGCCCCAGCUCUGUAAAGGCCUCCUGGGAUUCAGCAGGAGGAGAUGUGUUGGGGUACCGUGUUCGGUGUCGGCGGCAAGCUGGCCCUUCAACCCUCCUCAGCGUCUCAUCACAGAUCCACAGCGUUCUGCUGUCAGACCUGACCCCUGGCAGCAACAACAAAGUGUGUGUGAAGCCUGUCUACAGAACCCAUCCUGGGAAAGGACUGUGUCGAAUGGUCCAUCGGCAGCCUGCUUCAGCCGCAGGUAGCUACAGGAACCGGAAGAAAGCGUGAGAAUUUGUGAACUAAGUUUUUGUGGGUCAGAAGACAAGGACACAGCCUGGGACAAAGUUAUCAGGACACCAGGAAGAGGGAGGCUACAGCCCCAAGUCUUUUUAACCUCUGGCUACCCACCCUGUUCUCUUUUGCAACUGACUUGCCUACAAAAGUCCACCCCCACCCCCCAAUUUGGCUCGGUUACAGAAAACAGCUUCACAGGGAUAUUGGAUGUUGCUAGGGAAAAAAAAUGACUUUUUGCUCACGGAAUUUCCUUUCCUUUCCUUGGAAUGGCAGCGAAAGACUCAAGUCCAGCUUCUUUUGCAUUGUUAUUUAUUUGUGUUUUGUAUGAAAUGGGAGGGAGGAGAAUAAGCAAAAGAUCUUGGUUCCUUUCUCACCUGCAAGUGAGACCCUUCACCUUCUAAUCUGCAUUCUGAAUUCUAAGAACUGUCCGUCUGCUUCAAAAGUGAUUGCAGUUUGGUUGGGAUGGGUGUGUGUGUGUGGGGGAAUUAGAAGCACAAGGCAGAUCCCAAAUGAUUCCUUGGUUAUUGUCCAAGGUGGUGGCCCAAAAUCUGUUGAACACUGUUGUCAUUGAAUGAAGCACCUAUAAUAGAAUUCCAAAGAUUUCCUUGAGACGGAGGGAGAACGGAGAGCAAAGCCAAGGAUAUUUCCUGUUUUAUUUAUGCACAUUUGCUCUGUCCUUGGAAGCAAAUAGUUAAAGACUGCCAAGAUGUAAAACUCUUCUUCAAGCUCACGUUAACCUUUGAGUUGUGGGGCCAGGAUCCACAUUCCAAGAAAUUAGGUGGAUCAGGACCACGGGCUUGGCAAUGGCAGGACAUAAUAUGUGACUGAAUAAAAUCGACAGAUACGGUUACUGAACAGUAAACUAAUAGGCCAAUGAACUUGCUUCAUCCCAGUCUAUUUUGGGUGGCAGCAAAAAUAAUUUUUUGGGGGGAGGGGAGAGAAUGCAACCAUUCAGAGAAGUAAAGUGAAGCAUCCCCGCCAUAGAUACUAGAGACAAUUACCUGGUAAACAGAGAUAAAGAUAGAUAUCAAAGGGUAGCUGUGGUGCUCAGAACAUCUUUGGGAACAAGGUAACGUAUAUUGCGCAAAUGUAGAGAGGGAGCAUUACACAUGGCUGGAUCCAUCGGUGAAUUGAACAGUGGCCUAUGCAAAAGAAAUAUUGCACUUUUCUGGAAAUGUGAGAGAGGUGGCUGGGCUGCCUCACACCCGAGAUCAUCCAGCAAAAUCACAUGCACAGUUCAGAAGACACAAUCUGAAGCACUUUUUUAUGUAAAGCGAUGGGCGCCGGAGACGUUGUUCCCUAGCCAUGUCGGCCCUUUGGGGGCCAGUAGUUUGCAAAUGACCAUAACCUGACCAGUUUAUACAGCACUGCCAGACAAUUGGAGCUUAGGGCCAGGAUAAUACAGUAUUAUCCUGACCAUCCUUGGAGGCGGACUCCAAUCGAUUUGUGGAGCAGCUAGCUGGAGAUGGUGAACCUAAAAUAUACAACCAGAAAAUCUCUACCAUAAAUCACUGCAUCUUGGACCACCAGCUCCUCAGGAUGAAGUUCAGCCGAAAUGCUUAUUUUCCACGCAUGUUUUGUUUAACUGUUUCAUUGUGGGAGCCUCCAUCUGCAUGAGAAUUGAAUUAGCCCAGACAACAGUGAAAUUUCUCAGUCCAAACUAGUUAACAGAAAGACAGGUGUUUGUUUGUUUUUUUAAAAAGGGACAAUUGUAAUAAUGCAAGUAAUGUUGUGGCUUGUCGCUAGUUGUAAUGAAACCCGAAAAGCUUUCAUUCCUGCUUCAGAAUGUGCGCGUGACAGUUGGAAACCAUUUCAUUUUCUCCAUAAUUCUUUCAUGUACCGUUUUACUAAUGCAGUAGCCAUUCUCUCUCCUCAGCUUACUCCAGCAGCAACAUUGUCAUGUAUCCUUUGAAAUAAGGUGAAUUAAACAGAGAACAAACGA